CGCGCCGGGGCGGGGUUUGCGGGCAGGGCCGCGCCCGGCCCCGCUCCCGGCCAUGGCCCGGCGCCGCGCACGGCGGAGCCGCCCCGGCCGCGGCGAGCGGCGCCCCGCGGCCCUGGAUGUCCCCUUUCCAGUGGUGCAACGGGUACUUCUGCAGUCUGGGGCUGAUUUAUACCAAUAAAUCGUGCACGAUGCCUCCCAUCACUUUCCAGGACCUGCCGCUGAACAUCUACAUGGUCAUUUUUGGCACUGGCAUCUUCAUUUUCGUGCUCAGCCUCAUCUUCUGCUGCUACUUCAUCAGCAAACUUCGGCAUCAGGCUCAGAGUGAAAGAUUCGGGUACAAGGAGGUGGUGUUGAAAGGUGACGCCAGGAAGCUGAACGUGCACGGGCAGACCUGUGCCGUGUGCCUGGAGGAUUUCCGAGCGCGGGAGGAGCUGGGCGUGCUGCCGUGCCAGCACGCCUUCCACCGCAGGUGCCUGGUGAAGUGGCUGGAGGUUCGCUGCGUCUGCCCCAUGUGCAACAAGCCCAUGGCGGGUGGCGCGGAGCCCCGCGCGGGCGGCGGGACCCUCCUGGACGAGCUGGUGUGAGGGGCCCUCUGCUCCGGCGGCCUGCGCAGGACCCCGAGGGCUCUCCGGGCCCGGCCGCGAGGGACCCCGAGGGGCUCCACGGCUGCCCGCGGAGGGCUGAGCAGCACCGAGAGCUGCCCCGCAGCCCCGAGGGCAGCCGGGAUGCAACAGUUCGUCUCUGAGGUGCAGUUCGGGUUUGUUUAGGUGGGAUUUUUAACUCGGAGGUUGUUGUUUGGUUGGUUUUUCUUCUUUUUUUUUUUUUUCCUCUCCUCAAGAUGUCCCUGGGCUUCCCCCGGGGAUGCGCCGGGGCAGGGGAGCUGCUCUGGCAGCUCCGGGUUUGCGCGUGGAAAGCAGAGCCGCGGCAUGGAGGCGGGGAGGGCGCUGGGCCGCGGGCUCGUCCCCCCGCGCUCCCCGUCUCCCUCCCGCUGCCUCUCGCUGUACAUAGUAUUUUUGUACGUAACCUUCUCCAGACGUUCUCAGGCUUCCUACACACCGGGGAGGGUGGAGGAUGUACAGUUUUAUGCAAAACACUGAUUAAAUGGAAGAUUUCUCA